GUACCAUCUAGUAUUUAUAAAAAAAAAUUUUAAAAAAGAAAACAAACUGUAAUGGGUAAGAAAAUCUAAAGAAAUAAAUGCUAUUUAUGGAGGCAGUCAACAGUCAAGACUGAGGUGCCUGUUAUAAAAUUCUACUGAAAAAUACCUUUUAGUCAGCCAAAUUCUGCUCUCCUCCUUAAGAUGGCGAAGAUACUGGCUACCAUCUUCAUUAUUACUGCAAUAAUGUCUUCCCAUCCAGGUGAUCAGUGGAAUAUUGUUCAAAUGGCAGAUGCUACAAAAUUUUGCGAUUAUACCUUCAAGAGUGAAUGCUUCACUAUUAGUUGGGCUGUUUGUUCAGAGACUUGCAAAGCUCUUUAUGAGAAAAAUUACAUGGGGUUUACCUGUUUCCCUGAUAAAUGUUCAUGUCACUAUUAUGCUGAUCAAUGUGAGCCAAACCCUCCAACUAGGAGUAAUCCAUGAUGGAUUUCUGAUUGGAAAAGAAAGAUAUUAAUGUCGUGC